AUGGUUGGUUCUGGCAGAGGUGGAAGAAUAGGAGACGAGCCUCCACCCUCAGCAGUUGAAGUUGUUGACAAGGCAGGAGAAUUCGAUGGAUCAGGAUAUACAAGUUCGAAUCCUGCCUCUGCCGUCGUCGUACGAGGAGGUGUCGAAAUCAAAGUCUGA